CAUGGCCGGGGCCGGCAGCCCAGCGCGGAGGCUGCUCCCGCCCUGCAGCCGGCGGGGCAGCGCGGAGGCACCAGAAGAGUGUCUGGCCCCUCUGCGAAAAGCGAGAGAAGUAGACAAAGACGAGGAGGAGCGGCAAAGUGAGGAGCUGCUGAAACAGACGGAAGUCGAGAGGCAGAAGAUCGUCUGGGAGUGGAAGGAGUUGCAGGAGUUUCUGGAGGAGCAGGAGCAGCGGCUGCUGUCCCAGUUGGAAGAGCUAGAGAUAGCCAUUGUCCAGAGAAGGGAUGAGGGCCUCUGCAAACUUUCCGGGGAGAUUUCUGUGCUCAGUGAGAGAGGAGGAGAGAAGGGGCAGCAGCCACUGAGCCAAUCCCUGCAGGGUGCUGGAAGCACUGGGAGCAGGGAGGCCGGGAAGUUUCAGAAGCCAGAGCCAGAGUUUGUGGUGCUGGAGAAGAGACUCUGCGAUUUCUCUCUGAAAAGGGCCGUCCUGCAAGAGGUGCUGCUGGGAUUCAAAGAGACGCUGCGACGGGAGCUGGGGAGCGACACAGGCUGCAGAACAACAUCCACGUUUCACUCCAGAUGGGCCCAGCCUCCCAGGGGACGGGGAAGGGAAACGGCUGCUGUGGGGCUGGCUCAGGGGCUGGUGACCUUUGAGGAGGUAGCUGUGUAUUUCACCAGGGAAGAGUGGGCUCUGCUGGACCCUGCUCAGAGAGACCUCUACUGGGAUGUCAUGCAAGAGAACUAUGAGAAGGUGACCACGCUGGGUAAGGAUUUCUGUCCCUUGGUUAUUAGAAGGGGAGACGUCAUCUCCAUAAUACAACCUUAA